AUGCCUGAAGCGUACACCGUGUCGAAGAUGCUGUCGAGCAUCAAUAAGGUCAUGGCUCCCGUAGCCACCGACGUGUGCGGGUCUGUGACGCUGCAACGGAAAACUGAAAACGGGAUCAUGCUCAAUACAUCGGACAAGGAGAUCGCGUACCUUGACACCAAAGCCAGGGUGAAGCACUCGGCGCGGCAAGUCGCUCAGCUGGAUAAACCGGCUAAGGCACAGUGGGUGAUGGCGCAACGGGAAGCUGGGAACGAUGCUUUCCGCAGAGGAGAAUACCAACAGGCUGCGGAGGCAUAUAUUCAGGCACUUACGGCGCUGGACUUCGGUUCAACACCUCAGGAAAAGAUAGCCUGCCAACAAGAGAUACAGAUCCCGAUUACGUGCAACUUGGCGGCAUGCAUGCUGAUGCUGGGGCAAUGGGAAAAAGCGCGACUCAUGUGCGAUCAGGUGGUUGCGUUGGAUCCGAACUGUGUCAAAGCUCUACAACAACGUGCAAAAGCCAAGGCGAAGCUAAACAAGUUCGAAGAUGCCCGCGGCGAUAUUUUUCGCGCCAAGCAAGUGACCCGUGGUCCAACGACCUUACUUGAUGACAGCAGCGAACAGCUCAUCAAUCGACUGGACAAGCAACUCGAGGAUAUUUCACGCUUUGAACUUCGACACAAACACCGAGUCCAGCAGCAAAAACUGUUCCAGAAGAAGAUGAUGCAGGAGGCGGUGGGGAAACUUUACAACGACAAGAAAGAGGUCAAUUGCACUUCAGACCCAGAGGGCACCUCUGGAGCCUUGCAACAUCAGCAAACAUCGUUUAUCAGGUUCGCUGAAGCUGCUAUCUCAUGCAACGGCUGGAAUGCUGGUGUUGCAUGGGUCCUAGCCAUGUUUGCUAUGCUCGUCAACGCGGUCUCGCGGUUCCUAGACUCGACGCGAGGAAAACUCAAAACGUCGUGA